UUCUGAUGAAACUUUUUUCAUUUUAUUAAUGUAAAAAUUCACAUGAAAAUGCUGGUAUGAACUGGCCUGUUGUUUGAGGGUCUGAGGUCAAAUAAGAGUAAUUUGCUGUUAUAUUUCGUCAUAAUGUGAUACUGAUAAUACCAGAAAAAUGUCAAAUCAAUUAAGUGGUUUGAUCAAAAAUGAUUCGGCGGAUAGUUACCAUAGAAAAAGACUCAGAUACAUCAUGGUUGGCUGUUUUAUUUUAGGUAAUGGUGUUACUUUUAAUUUUGAAAUCGGAAAAUACGUAGACUUUACAGAAUUAAAGAAGGCCAUUUGGGAAGAUGAUAAGGAUUACUUUGCAAGUAUUGGAGUAAAUAAUGACAAAAAAAUUAAGCUAUGGAAGGUCGAGAUCCCUACUAGAAAUAAUGACAAGUAUGAAAGACUUCUGGAAAAUCAUCGUGUAGAUCUUGAUGUUAAAGAAGAAUUUAGUGGUGAGAGAUUGAACGAAACUUGGCACAUUGAUUUAACAUUCAAAGAACCUCCUCCAAAGGAGCACAUUCACAUAAUCGUGCAACCACCAUCUUUGCCCGCCACCACUGGGAAGAGACAAUUGGAUUUGGAUUAUUGUGAUGAAGAAAGUAGAACUCGAAAAAAAGGGAAAUCAACAUAUCCCGAAGAAUCAGAUGAAGGACGAGACAAUCUUAUGGUUAUAUCACCAGAUAGAUUAAAGUCGAUCGUUGAUUUUGUGCAAAAGCAUCAGAUUGUUCUUUUGCGUAGUCCGCCAUCUUCUGGAAAAAGUACUGUCGGUCAGACACUUCGAGACUUUUUUAAAAGUCUUAGUGAUGGCGUAUAUAUUAAUCUUGCUGGCAUGUGCGGUAAAGACGAAAUAUAUAAUAGUAACAAAUUUGAUAAUUACUGGAAGAAGAUGAUUGGUCGUAGCUGGACAGAAAUUAGCGAGUGUAAAGAGGAAAUUUAUGUUAUCAUUGAUGAAAUACAGGUUAUCUAUGGUAAUGGUGCACCAUUCUUUUGGGGCUCAUUAAAGACUAUUUUGUCAAGUGAAUCAAAUACUCGAAAUAUUUAUAUUGUUUUACUUGGUGUAUAUCAUCCAAAUGUUGAAACUAUAUCAAUACCUCUUGAUCUCCAAUAUACACUUAGUCUAAGUGUCCUGCUUCUAACGUGGGAAGAAUUUUCGCAACUUGUAACAAAAUUUAUUCAGAGACAUGUUACUUUGGGAAGUAUGAACUUUAUCAUUCCUGACCCUGUUCAAAGGGCAUUAUAUAAUCUAACUGCUGGACAUGUUGGUUUGUGCCGGUUUGUUUUAAGAGUAUUACGCGAUCAAUUUUGUGAAAAUGGAAAAACAGUAGAAAUGCUACAAUAUCUUGCUUCCACCUUUUUGUUUAAUAGUAUGAUUGGAUGUGCCCGCGCUUUUUAUUGGAUCCGUGAUUGGAAAGUAAAUAAGUCAGAAGCAGAAUUUAUUCGCAAUAAGUUAUUACAACCAAACACUCCCUUUUCUGGUAGUUUAUUAGAUCCUGUUAUUAAGAAAUUUAUUAGAAUGGGCCUUAUAACAACAAUUAACACUAAUGAUGAACGAUUAACAUUUUCUGCUCCCAUAAUGCGAUCUGUUCUAAGCAACUAUUUGUUUAAAGCACCUUUGAAUGUUAAUCAAUCACCUUCAAGCACAUUUGAUGAGUUUUUAUUACGAACUAUUGAGCGGAUGAGCUCAUCUACUUUAAAAGAAUCGCUUGGAAAAAGGUCAUAUUUAUACGAAAGAACUUGGCAAAUGGAAUGGUUCUGUACAGCUAAAACGGUAAUUCCUGAAAAUGCAUUAGUGAGUUCUGAUAUUGGUGAAUCAUUUGGUUCAGUAGGAUUUCUUGAUUUUUAUGUAGAUAAUGGAUAUUGCUGGGGGGUUGAACUGAUCUGUGAGGGUGAAAAGUUGAAAAAGUAUGCUGAAAAAUUUGAAAGUGAUGGUAUAUAUGCUGAAAUUCCACUUAAGCAAUGGGCGAUUCUUGAUUUCCGGCAUAAUACAAAACAAGUAAGAAUGCCUAAAAAAAACUUUUGGUAUGUACUCUAUUCAGAUGAUUACAAAACAGUUAUUAUUAAACGUAAAGAUUGUGAUGACAUAAAGUUAAAUUUGCAAGGUGAUUGUAAGUCAGAACUAAAGUCAGAGCUAGUAUUAGAACUUUAAUUAUAGCUAUACUUGCCUUUUUUUGUAUUUUAAGUUGAUUAUAUAAAUAUCUCUAUUAUAUUACAAAAAAAAAUAAAAAGUUUUAUUUUGCAAAUCACACAGCUA